CUUCUAGCUCUUUUGCAAGUCUCGCAUUUUCAAGCCGCAGACCGGUUUCCAUGCCCUCGCAGUAAAUCAAAAGAUCCUAGAGAAGUCACGACAACGUCCUCAGCAGCUGGAGCACGGCAGCCUGGACCUACCUUUAUUAACUCAUUGCCGGUGUCUCGCUGCAGCUGCAGAGCUUGGAAGCGCUGGACGAAAUCCAUGAUGGCCAUCGGGGGCAGUUGUGCCAUCACAGCUCCAGGCGCCGGAUGGGGAGAACGAUCAGCUGAAAAUGAAAUUUUGAGGUCGUCGCGUGUUUUUCUAGGGUCUGCAGCGGGAGACGCGCCAGUGGGUCCAGCCAGAGAAGCCUGAAGCCCUAAAGCCAAAAGUGGGAUCUCAGAUAUACUUUCUCUCGCAGGCGAAGGAUCUGCUCGACGACGGAUCGCAUGAGAUAGAGAUGGAGCACCAGGAGCAGAAAAAGAAAGGCCCCGAUCAGAAUGAAUGGAUGCUCCUUCUCGCACUUUCCUUUUGCCAAUGCAAUCCCAGCCUGGUCACAGCUGGCAGCCCACACCCAGCCGCAGCCCAAUUCUGUGCUGUGUCUCGGUUGGCAGCCGCUGGCUGGCUUGCCCUGCCCCAAACCCAAUCUGCAUCUGCAUCUGCCCAACUGAACGGACAGCUGCUGCCUGUCUUUCGGAUUUACCCUGGCGCCUCUCUCAUGCUGGAGGCACGCAGCAGGGCUGCUGUGUAGAUGCGCUUAAAUUGCAUGGCGAGACGGGGCGUACACGGU